GGAGCCCUAAAACAAAAAUUUCAGUCGCUGCUGCAAACUGCAAAGCGCGUGAAAGUGCGAAACGCAAACCUGAGGCUGAGAAUGCCAUUCUUCAACCUCUAAAUUCUCUCCCACAACGCCAUAUCACAAUUUCUUCACAAUCCCUACACUUCUUCUUCCUUCUCCUUCUCCAAAUUCCGCCAUGUUUUCUCUCUCUUCCCCUUUCUCACUCAUCCUAAUUCUCCUCCUCUUCUUCUCCUUCUCCGCCUCCGCCUCCGCCUCCGCCGAUCCAUCCACCAUUUACGACCAUCUCCACCUUCACGGCCUCCCCAUAGGCCUCCUCCCCAAGAACAUCACCAAUUUCUCCGUCGACUCCGCCACCGGCCGGUUCCAGGUCUUCCUCGACCAGCCUUGCAAUGCCAAGUUCGAGAACGAAGUUCACUAUGAUCUCAACGUCUCCGGCGUACUCAGCUACGGCCAGAUCGCUGAAUUGGCCGGGAUUUCGUCGCAGGAGCUCUUUCUUUGGUUUCCUGUCAAGGGCAUCCGUCUCGAUUUGUCCACCUCGGGUGUGAUUCAUUUCGACGUCGGCGUCGUCGACAAGCAAUUCUCUCUGUCCCUCUUUGAGUCGCCGCCUGAUUGCACUGCGGCUGAUCCAGUUGAUCAAUCUUCCGCCGCGGGCGGAGCCCCUGUUCAUAGGUAUGGGGCUUUCUCAAAGAAUGAGGUGCAGAAUCUUCCACUUGAAGACAGUGAAUUAAGGGCGACAUCGUAGAUAGCGACAAAGAAAUGUUGUGGAUUUCCCGAGGAUUUUGUUCAAGAGUCUGGCUUUGCUGGUAUGGUAAAUUUGCUUCUACUAUUUGCGGAUUGCUUCUGUUUUGUAUAGUCUUUGUUUCCUGAUAGUCCUGUCUGAUGGGGAAAAGGGGCUAUUGUUUUCAUAUAAAGAUCUCGCUAAAAAUAUUUAGUCCCCAAUCCUUCAAGUCUAUACUAUUCGCUGAAUUAAGCAAGGCAGAUUGUUGCUUGGGUCGAGUUAUUAGAAUCCUAGAAGUCCGUAUCAUUUUACCAGUCGUCUUGUGCUUUAUAUCUCUCUCGAUGAGCUUGUAUUUCUGCUUGUGGCUGUGUUUGGUUUUGGCUACUCACAGAAAGAUGUGUUGUUUUCGUUGUGUUGCCCUUAUAGCCAUAAAAUUUGGGCUUGUAAAUUGUACAUUGCAAAAGUAAUCUUUCGGUAGUUAAAGAGAUGUACAUGUAUUUUAUAUAGCUUACAUGUUCAUUUGAUAUUUAGGACAAAUAUCCAUAUUCUUCUUCAA